CUUCCACUGUCACCUCCCACACAUCGUCCCCCGUGGUUCCAGCUCCACCAGGAAGGCCAGCAGCUGCCCCAACCCCGCUGCCCAGCCCCGCAGUUCCAGCUGUGCCCCUCUAUGGAUAUGGAGCGAGGGAAAAUGAUCGGGAGUAUGUGGAAAGGAGAGUAGAUUUUAAUUCUCCACUUUUCAAGCCCGAGACUGGAUUCCCAUUUGGGAGAACCCUGCGUGACUCUCUCUACUUUACAGACAAUGGACAAAUCGUUUUCCCAGCCUCGGACAAAGGCAUCUUCACAUAUCCCAACCCUCCUCCCGGCGGCUUCAAUGGCCAUGAGGAGGUUCCCAUGAUCGCUGUAUUUUGGGACAAUGCCGACUUCUCCAGAGGGGUGGGCACCACCUUUUACCAGGAGUUCUCCACCCUCAACACGGCCAAGCCUCCGUUUGUCCGUGACGUGGAAGCGAAGGUUCGGCGGUACAUGAGGUCCUCCUACUCUGCAGCCUGGACCCUGAAAAUCACCUGGGAGAAGGCACCUGUCUAUGCAUCACGGAGUGACACCCGGAAGACGAUCACAUACCAGGCCAUCCUUACCACCGAUGGAUUCAGGUCCUACAUCCUGAUGCUGUACCAGGAUGGAGGGAUGCAAUGGGAUUACACCAGACUCGCUGCCACCAAUGUGCUCAUCGGCUACACCAGUGGGGAUGGCUUUUACUACAACGAUGACCUGAGUAAGAGACCUCCAGCUGUUAAAUAUCGCCCUGACCAGUUCAGGGGCUACAACACAGACCUCCGUGGGUUGUGGAUUUACAAGCUGGAGAGUCGCGUGGGCAUCAACUACCGGCUGAAGUGCCUGGCAUGGACGGGGCAGCAGCAGGAGCCACGGGCAUGGAGCCAGGGCCUGCCCACCUGCCCCUGUUCCCUGCAGCAAGGGCAGCAGGAUCCACGCUUCAAGAGCAGCCGUGGAGGCAAGUGGACAUGCUGCUUCCUCACCCUCCUCGUCCCUGAGCUGUCCCUCCCCACCUUCCCUGCAGGGGUGCCUGGGGUCCCUCCUGGCAGGGUGGGUAGGUGA